AUGGGUAAUGCCGGUCUGACAGACCGCCAUUAGAAGUACACUCAGUUUUCUUACUUUUGAGAAGCAGUUCAUAUGUAACAUGAAAAAGAUAAUAUUUUCAUGAAAAAGACAUGAUUUAAUGAUAUUAUAAACUUAAGGGGUUAGGGGUAGUCAGAAUUUUCAAAAAAUCGAUUUUUUUUUUUUUGCAUUUUCUUAAAGUAUAAUAUUUUAAAAAUAUUGUGUGAAAAUUUGAAGUGAAUCCGACAAAUUCUUUUCGAGUUAUUUAACAAUGACCAAAGGACGCUCGGGUGCUACGUGGCAUUCGAGAGCAGGUAGCUAGAAACAGCUGCAAGCAACCGACUUUUCGGGUUAUUUUACUGGAAAGAUUCUUGACAUAAACAUUAAAAGUGCAUAUUGUAAGCUAUGUGAGUAUUGGAAAAAAAAAACAAAUACUGUUGAGUUCGAGGAAUGGUAUCAAUCGCAUGAAGAUGUGUGUUCUGCUAAUCAUCAAGGGUCUUCUGGGAAAAUGGAGGUGGAUGCGAUGGUCGAAAUGUUUUCGUAUUCUGAAACUAAAUAUGGAGUUAAGUAUGCCAACUAUAUUGGUGAUGGUGACUCCAAGACCUAUUCAGGAAUUAUAAAAUCAGAUCCUUACGAAAAUACAACUGUAAAUAAAAAGGAAUGUAUAGGGCAUGUCCAAAAGCGGAUGGGGAGUCGAUUACGUACGCUGAAGAGUAAACAAAAAGGUCUUGGUGGUCGAGGUAAGCUCACAGGAAAAUUAAUAGACAAACUAACUGUGUACUAUGGUUUAGCAAUACGCCGGCAUUGUGAUUCUAUUGAAAAUAUGAAAUCUGCUAUAAUGGCAACCUUUUAUCACUACGGCUCGAGUGAUGAAAAACCGAAUCAUGAUAUGUGUCCAAAAGGCGAAGAAUCUUGGUGCUCUUACCAGCGCGCUGAAGCAAGAGGAGAGCUUGAUACCUUUUCUCACGAUUAUUCUCCUUUACCUUCUGAUGUUUUAAAAGCUAUCAAGCCUAUAUACGAAGAUCUUAGUAAUGAAAAUUUACUUUCAAGAUGUGUAGGUGGAUUCAAUCAGAAUAAUAAUGAAAGCUUUAACCAACUAGUAUGGAAAAUAUGCCCAAAAACGGUAAAUACUAGUUUUACUAUCGUACAAAUAGCUGCAUACGUUGCUAUGUGUAUAUUUAAUGAGGGUAUAAAUUCAUUAUUAGUCUUGAUGAAUACACUAGGACUUAAUUGUGGGCCUAAUUCUCAUCGGUAUGCAGAAAGAAUGGAUGCUGCACGUAUCAAAGUAGCAGAUAAGCGCGCUAAUGAUAACACCCGAGAAGGUCGAUUGCAACGUAGGCACCAGCAAAUCGAUAUUUUGGAAGCUGCUAUGUCGGCUGAAGAGCUAUUAUAUGGUCCAGGAAUAGAUGACUCAGUAUGAAUCUCCAAGGACUUAUGAUGAUCACCGCAAAGGACUUCGGGAGGAACGGGCUCUACAAAAACAGCGAUAACUUUUUGAAUUAUUAAUUUUUUUUUUUGAAAUUUUCGUGAAGUCAAAUCGAAACGUGUUCUAAUAAAGCUAUGUUUUUAUUUUUGUCAAAUAAAGUAAUUAACUACAAAAAAAAAAUUAUUGAAAAUCAUCAUUUUUUCAUACCCCUGAGUACCC